AGAUUGGGUCCCAUGCCUGGCACAUUACAUCAACAACAAAUGCCACAAAGUAUGUCAACGGGUAAUAAUACAAUUGGCGGUCAUGGUGGCCAUGAUCGUGGUGGUGGCGGCGGCGGAGGCGGUGGUGGCAGCAUUGGCGGCGGUGGCGUUAUACCUGGCGGCACAAUGAAUGGACCAAAUGGACCACAUUGUCAGAUGAGCGGUUCACAGCCCUUGGUUAUGCCCGCAUUUCCAUUGCGUAAUUCACAUUCAGCACAUGCACCACACUAUUCACCCUACUCACCUUCCAGGUUUCACAUAGAUAAACGUUGUCAACACCGUUGUUCCUGGAAAUGUUUGAGUAUCGCCUUAAUUCUAAUAUCAGUCGUCCUAACAGCCAUGUUGGCAUAUUUUGCAGCUGUAAGCUCAAUGAAGCCCAACAUGGAUACCACAAAUUGUAUCCUAGUCCAAGAUGUUAAAUCACAACCCCAUGAUUUACAUGGCAAUGCAAAAACAAACAUCCUCAACGGCAAUAGUUUACAACCGACGGCAUAUCCCACAGAAGAAUCAAUACAGACCAGUACCCUCGAUCAUAGUUCAAGCAUUGGCUUGGGCGGCAUGAUGUCGGGUGGCUUUCAGAAUUUGGCUCCCUCGCUGCAGUUGCAACAUCAACAACAGCUAUUGCUACAGCAACAACAACCACACUCUAUCAAUCAGCAAAUUGGCGGCGGACUGGGCAUUAACAGCAACAUAAUGUUGGGUCAGGAUGCCACAUUGCCGCAUCUGCAGGACCAAUCGUAUACGGCACAACAACAACAGCAGCAGCAUCAUCAUCAACCUCUCUUAAAGUGGCCACAGGUAGUCGAACUGAAGGAUUUCAAUGAGUUGUAUCAUGCCAAUAUACCCGCGUAUCAAUUCUGGACAUUGGAAUUCCGUAACAAACAUCCCGCUUUUGUUCGUUUCAAUUUCACCCUGCCCUGGGGCGCGAAUUUUGCCGUUUAUUCACGUCGCAAUGUAGCACCAUCUGUAACACAAUAUGAUUUUGUUGAAUUUAUCAAAGGCGGUCGUGUCGAUAGCCAUUUGAGGCAUAGACGUAAUGCACGCUCGCCGGCAAAUGAUAGCAUUUAUGCUGCUUUGCACAAGGAUCUGGAGACGGAGAAUGGUGAUUUAUCAAUGGAAACAUCCGCAGACGAUGAUGCUGAUGCUGACAAUGGCGAUUCAUUUGAAUCGUCCUCGGCAUCAUUUGAAUAUGCGGGAGAUGUUGAAACACCGUUGGACACGGGUAAACAAUAUGCCCAACGUUUAAGAUAUCGCCAACAUCGUGAUAAACGUUCCGCCGCGGGCAUGGAUGGUGGUCUGCCCGCACUCGAUAUGGACACAAUGAUGGUGAACGUCUCACUGUUACAAUAUUUGGACACCGGCUUAUGGUUUAUAUCCGUUUACAAUGAUGAAUUGGUCUCACAUUCGGUAACGUUGAUUGUCGAAGAAGCUGAGGGCGUUAGCACAACUUGCCCCAAUGAUUGUUCCGGUCGUGGCAGUUGCUAUUUGGGUAAAUGCGAUUGCAUUGAUGGCUAUCAGGGUGUUGAUUGUUCGAAAAGCGUUUGUCCAGUAUUAUGCUCAGCUCAUGGUCACUAUGGCGGUGGUGUAUGCCACUGUGAGGAGGGCUGGAAGGGCUCUGAAUGCGAUAUACCAGUGGGUGAAUGUGAAGUGCCGAAUUGUUCAAGUCAUGGCCGGUGCAUUGAAGGUGAAUGCCACUGUGAACGUGGCUGGAAGGGACCUUUCUGUGAUCAACACGAUUGCCUGGAUCCAUUAUGUUCAAGUCAUGGUACAUGUGUGGCUGGCCAAUGUUAUUGUAAGGCCGGUUGGCAAGGUGAAGAUUGUGGCACCAUUGAUCAGCAGGUAUAUCAAUGUUUGCCUGGUUGUUCGGAGCAUGGUACAUAUGAUUUAGAGACUGGUCAAUGUGUGUGUGAACGUCAUUGGACUGGACCGGAUUGUUCGCAAGCUGUUUGCAGUUUAGAUUGCGGUCCCAAUGGUGUUUGUGAGUCCGGCAAAUGUCGUUGCAAUCCUGGCUGGACCGGAAAUCUAUGUGAUCAAUUGCCCUGUGAUGCACGCUGUUCGGAACAUGGACAAUGUAAAAAUGGCACCUGUGUUUGUUCCCAAGGAUGGAAUGGAAGACAUUGCACAUUGCCUGGUUGUGAAAAUGGUUGUUCACGUCAUGGUCAAUGCACUUUGGAAAAUGGUGAAUAUCGUUGUGAUUGUAUUGAAGGAUGGGCUGGUUCGGAUUGUUCAAUUGCAUUGGAAAUGAAUUGCAAGGAUAAUAUCGAUAAUGAUGGAGACGGUAUGACAGAUUGUUCAGACAGUGAAUGUUGUUCACAUCCAGCCUGUUCCGAGCAUAUUAUGUGUUUAUCCUCAAAUGAUCCUGUGGAAGUACUGUUACGUAAACAGCCACCCUCGGUGACGGCAUCAUUCUAUCAACGUGUCAAAUUUUUGAUUGAAGAGAAUUCCGUGCAAUCGUAUGCCCACAUGGAUGAGUACAGUGAAAACCGUGUAUCUGUGAUGCGUGGUCAAGUAAUAACACCUCAAGGAUUGGGUAUUGUCGGCAUACGUGUCUCUGUGGAUCGUGAUUCGAGAUUUGGUUUUACCCUAACACGCCAGGGUGGAUGGUUCGAUGUUUUGGUUAAUGGUGGUGGUGCUGUUACCCUGCAAUUCCAACGUUCACCAUUCCGUCCAUUAACACGUACCGUGUUUGUACCAUGGAAUCGUAUUGUGGUUUUGCCACCAGUACAAAUGCAGCUUAGCGAUGAAGAUGAUAGUGCCAAUAGAAAUAUUAAAGUGGCACCCUUAAAUCCAGCCUUGACCUUCCUUAAUUCCAUAUUAUAUCAUUUCUCGGAUGAGCCAACCACAGAUGCCCAUAAACUGUGCAUGGAACAUGAUCACGAAGAAUUGAAACCACAAUUGAUAAGUACAUGGAUGCCAAAUGGCAUUGGAGCUAUGCCGGGUAAACGUGUCAUAUUUGCCGAAACCCAGAUUGUACAAGAAUCGAUACAAAUACCUGGUUCCGAUUUACACUUAACAUAUCAAUCAUCACAGGCAUCGGGCUAUUUGAGUAUAGUUCGUAUGCGUUUGACAUCAGAGAAGAUACCGAAAACGCUGACCCAUGUCCAUGUUGGUGUGGAAAUUGAAGGUUCUUUACAUAUCAAAACGUACGAAGCUGACCCGAACUUGAUACACACUUUUGCUUGGAAUAAACGUAACGUUUAUCGACAAAAGGUAUAUGGCGUUACAAUUGCACGCAUAUCUGUUGGUUAUCAACAUUCUACAUGUGAUACCCCGGUAUGGAUUACCCAAACUGCCAAGUUGCAAGGUUAUGAUGUAGAUAUAUCCGAUAUUGGUGGUUGGGGUUUGGAUAUUCAUCAUCAUUAUAAUUUCCAUGAGGGUAUUUUGCAAAAAGGUGAUGGUAGCACUUUGCAUAUGAAGGAAUAUCCACGUACGGUGAAGGUGGUUAUGGGUACCGGAUUGCAGAGGCCUCUAAAUUGCCCCGAUCAUUGUAAUGGCAUUGCCAAGGAUGCUAAAUUGUUAACACCCAUUGCCUUGGCUUCCGGUCCGGAUGGCAGUCUUUAUGUGGGUGACUUUAAUUUGGUACGACGCAUUACACCCGAUGGCAAGGUGUAUACCAUACUACAAUUGAGUGCCACCCAAGUGUCAUAUCAAUAUUAUUUGGCCGUCUCGCCAGCUGAUGGUCAUUUGUAUAUCUCCGAUCCAGAGAGGCAUCAAAUUUUACGAUUAUUGCGUUUGGAGAAGGUCAAGGAUCCGGCCAUUAACAGUGAACCUGUUGUGGGUUCAGGACAACGUUGCAUACCCGGUGAUGAGGGUAAUUGUGGUGAUGGUGGUCCAGCUUUACAGGCCAGGCUGUCACAUCCCAAAGGUUUGGCCAUUGCUGCCGAUCGUACAAUGUACAUUGCUGAUGGUACAAAUAUUCGUGCGGUGGAUCCCAAAGGUAUUAUACACACAUUGAUUGGUCACCAUGGCCAUCACAAUCACUGGAGUCCAGCACCAUGUACCGGUACCCUAAUGGCUAAUCAAGCACAAUUACAAUGGCCCACCGGUUUGGCUUUAAGUCCAUUGGAUGGUUCUCUACACUUCAUUGAUGAUCGUUUGGUAUUGCGUUUAACUUCGGAUAUGAAAAUACGUGUGGUGGCCGGUACACCACUGCAUUGUAAUAAUAAUGGACAGGAUAAAUCGAAUAAGACGGCUGAUAAUGUUUUGGGUACAGUGUUGGCUAUGGCUUUCUCUCCCUUCGGUGAUCUUUAUAUUGCCGAUAGUGAUUCAAGGCGAGUUAAUUCCAUACGUGUUGUUGAUACUUCAGGAAAUAUGCGCUAUUUUGCUGGCAAACAAGAGAAUUCAGGAGCCUUAACAUGUGACUGCACAAAUGGUGCUGGCCUGAAUGCUUCAACAUCCGGCUUUAAUUCAAAUAACCCUGGUGGCAGCUCCUAUUCAACGACCAGCAAUCCCACAAAUCGUAACAAUGGUGGCGCUGGCGGUGGCACCACACCCACUACACCAGCCGGCAGCGGAAACGGAAAUGGCGGUUUCAAUGGCAAUUCAGCGUCUGGUGCGGCUACUGGCAGCGGCAGCAAUGGCGGUUGCAUUUGUUCGCCUACUUCAGGAUUAGCUGGCAUUGUGGCUGGUAAUCUUAUGUCAACUGGUCCCACAACGACUACCACUGUAAUGUUGGGUGCUAAAACAACAACAUCAGCCGGUGGCCUGGGCGCAAUAUUAGGUUCACAGGGCACCCUUAGCGAUGAUGGUACACUGAGUAAUGCCGAAACUCUAUUGUCAUCAAAUGCACGUUUCCAGGCGAUAUCAGCAAUAGCGGUUGCCCAGGAUGGUGUAAUUAAUGUGGCCGAUCAAGGUUCCUUGCAUGUCCUGGCCCUGGAACACUAUCUACCCUCGCACGAUGAAAACGGCGAAUUCCACAUACCCUAUCCACCAUCCAGCGAAGUAUAUGUCUUCAAUCGUUAUGGUCAACAUGUUGCGACAAAGGAUUUAACCUCCGGCAAGACCCGUUACAGUUUCUUGUAUUCGAAGAAUACCUCCUUCGGCCGUUUAUCUACCGUUACUGAUGCAUCGGGCAAUAAAAUUCAAUUCUUGCGCGACUACAGUAAUGUUGUGAGCUCUAUUGAAAAUACCCAGGACCACAAGUCCGAUAUACAAAUCAAUGGCAUCGGUAUAAUGACAAAACUAACGGAAAAGGGUAGGCAGGAGAUAGAACUGGAUUAUGAUAGUAAUACGGGACUGCUGAAUUCACGUUCGUCGGGCGGCGAAACGUACAUCUAUCAAUAUGAUGAAUUUGGACGUGUUACGGGUAUGAUUUUACCAAGUGGUGAAAUUGUUCGCAUCACUUCGCAAUUGGCGGAUAAUAAAGGUUUGACUGUGUAUGUGCAUGCCUCGGUGGAAUCGUUGUUCUCACGCGAGAAAGGUGACACCAAUGAGUUGCUGGUCUUGGGCGGUGUUCGUUCCACGUUCAUGAAGAAGGGCCAAGAGAAUGCUGAUGCUGAAAUUAAACCCAACAACACUUUGGUUAUACACAGUUCAAAUGGUGUGGUGGUCGAAUCUUCGGCUGUGGCUCGUCAUCCCCUAUUGGAAGCCGCUCUGCCCGUAGAAGCUGAAAUGCUGGCAAUGUGGUCUCAUCAAAGUGUUACCAUGGGCGAAGGACUGACAAACAACAUGUAUUCCGUCUACAAUUUGGUUGGUGAUGUACGCAAUCCUCAACAGACCCUGAAUCGUGAAAUAUGGGUGAAUCAAUCACGUGUAAUUGGUGUGGAAUUUGAUCAGUUUACAAAUCGUGAAACAUUUUAUGAUAUGAAUCGUACACCCAUUCUAAUUGUGGGUUAUGAUCAGUCUGGCUUACCGAAAUCCUAUUAUCCCACAAAUGGUUAUCCCGUCAAUUUGACCUAUGAUCGCUUUAAUCGCAUUGAUGGUUGGGCAUGGGGUCCAGCUGAAAUUAAAUACUCGUAUGAUCGACAUGGUUUGCUUUCGGAGAUUACCUCACAGCAGGAUGGUAUUAUCUCAUUUAUCUACAAUGAUUGGAAUUUGUUGUCGGAAAUUGGUUUGGCAUCGCAGCGUAAAUUUGUUCUCCAAUACGAUGAAUCUGGAGGUCUACGACAUGUGGUAUUACCGUCAGGCACAAAACACUCAUUUAGCAUGCAAACUUCAAUUGGUUUUAUUAGAAGUACUUACACAGCUCCUGGUAGCACGAAACCAUAUUUGCAACACUUCAGCCAUUCGGGAGCAUUAUUGCAAACCAUAUUCCCCGGAGAUGGUGCAAGGAUCCUCUAUCGCUAUAAUGCGGCUGGUCAGUUGACCGAAAUUGUCCACGGAGAAGGCAAGAGUGAAUUUAUAUACAAUGAUGCCACUGCCAUGCCUAGUACGGUAUCACACACCGAACGUGAAUUGGAAUAUCGUUGGGACUUCGAAUACACCGGAGGUCUACUCACCGAGGAGAGAAUUGAUUUUGUUGCCAAGACGGGUUUGAGUAAUGCCAAAUUCACUUAUGAAUAUGACACCGAUUUCCGUGUAAUCUCCAUACAAGGCCGUAUUGGUGGACAGAAUUUACCAGCACAAAAUUUCGCCUAUGAUCAACGUACCGGCCAACCCAGUAUGAUUGGACAAUUUAAAUUGAUGCAUCCAUUGUUGAAUCAAACACAAGUCUACGAUGGAACAGCCAGUUUUACGCGCACCGUGGAUGGUCGUUUUAUGGUUCAAAAGGUGGCCUUGUCCAUACAUCGCUUGGAAGUUUUCCGUAUGGAAUAUUCAUUUGGCGUUCAUGGCCGUAUUACACAAACAAGGACCUAUACACGCAACAUGGCGGUAAAUACCUAUACUAAUGUGAAAAAUUACACCUGGGAUUGUGAUGGACAAUUGGUGGGGGUUGAAGCCCAAGAACCAUGGGGUUUCCGUUAUGAUGAUAAUGGUAAUCUGUUGUCGCUGACCUAUCGUGGUAAUACCAUACCCAUGGAAUACAACAAUCAAGAUCGUAUUGUGAAGUUUGGCGAAGGACAAUACAAGUAUGAUUCACGUGGUUUGGUGGCCCAAAAUGCCCGCGAGGAGCGUUUCUAUUAUAACACCCAAGGUCUGUUGGUUAGAGCCACGAAGCGAGGACGUUUUGAUGUACGCUACUACUACGAUCAUAUGAAACGUUUAACAACACGCAAGGAUAAUUUUGGAAACGUAACCCAAUUCUUCUACAACAAUCAGCAACGACCAUUUGAAGUUUCACAAAUCUAUUCACCACGCGAUGGCAAAUUGAUGUCCUUGACCUAUGAUGAUAUUGGUCAUUUGAUUUAUGCUCAAGUCUAUAGGCAUAAAUAUUAUGUGGCCACAGACCAGUCGGGUACACCGAUUAUGAUUUUCAAUCAAUAUGGUGAGGGUAUAAGGGAGAUAAUGCGUUCGCCUUUCGGCCACAUAGUCUACGAUUCAAAUCCUUAUCUAUAUUUGCCCAUUGAUUUUUGUGGUGGUAUACUGGAUCAAGUUACCACCUUGGUACAUAUGGCCGAUGGCAGAGUUUAUGAUCCCCUGAUUGGUCAAUGGAUGACACCGAAUUGGGAAAAUGUUGCCGAACGUAUACCAACACCAACAAAGAUGCAUUUGUAUCGUUUCAACGGCAAUGAUCCCAUUAAUGUGGGUCAUGAUCGCAACUACCCUGCAUCGUUUACCGCGUGGAUGAAAACGAUUGGUUACAACGUGGAGAAUUUGGUACCACAACUGAGCCGUAAAUUAUGGGAACAACCUUCGCUGUGGGGUCGGGCUCCUCACAACCCCAUUGCCAUGGAUUUGAAGAAACCAAUGUAUAAUGUGCCCACCAUGGCUGUGGAAAGUGGAUUCUUGGCUCAUUUGAACAUCAGACGUAUGUCGAACUUUGAGGAGUUGAAUGCACCACCAAGAUCUGCCUUGAAAUACGAUGUAAUGACACCGGGACCAAGAAAUAUUGGUUCAGACACAGAACCACCAUUUGGUAAGGGUAUUGUGGUAUCACGUACUCCUGACGGUCAGGCAAUUGUAUCCAGUGUUCCUGCCGCAAAUGCCAUUUACCGAGAUGUUUAUACUUCGGUAUUUAAUCGUUCGAAAUUGCUACCCUUCACCUUUGUUGUACACAAUGCCCAGCAGGAUUCUUUCUUCUUUGUGAAAGAAGAACUGUGGCGGGCCAGUGAAGAUCGCCAGCAGCUAAAGAGAUUGCAGGGACAGGUGAAUACCACAUUCCAUGAAAUAACAAGAGAAAAUGGUAGUGGUACCAAUUACUUGGAUGUCAAGAUCCAUGGUCUGCAUGCCAUAAUUAACUUACGCUACGGCACAACAGUGGAGAAGGAGAAGCAACGUCUGAUGCAUCAUGCCAAAUUGACGGCGGUGCGCAAGGCAUGGCAUCGUGAGAAGGAGGCUUUGCGUAAUGGCCUCAACAGUGAAAUUGAAUGGAAUCAACAAGAAAUCGAUGAGAUUCUCAAACAAAAUUAUGCCAAUAACUACGAAGGAGAAUACAUUCACGACGUGACAUUAUAUCCGGAAUUAGCUGAAGAUCCUUACAACAUCAAGUUUGUAAAGAGAAAAGGUGCCACAGGUGGAGCAGCCGGUGUACCCAAUAGUCGGAAACGAAGAAGAAGAAGUAUUCGCGAAAAUCCCAUGGAUAAAAAUAAUCGGCAAACCGAAAAACUACUAAGGCAUGACCUACAACAACAUGAAGAUGAAGAAGAACAUUUAUUAUUAAGUGAGGCAGACAAGGAAAAACCAGAGAUUAGUAAUGAUGAUGUUAGGCGGACAACGACUGAAGACGAUUGUUCACUACAUCAUAAAUGUUAG